AUGAGUACCGACUUUGAUAGAAUUUACUUGAAUCAGUCUAAGUUUAGUGGUAGAUUCCGUAUUGCUGAUUCUGGGUUAGGGUGGAAGGUUAGCACCAGUGGUGGCUCUGUAGCCAAUCAGGCAAGAAAGCCGUUUUUAUUACCAGCCACAGAAUUAUCUACAAUUCAAUGGAGUAGGGGCUGCAGGGGCUACGAAUUGAAGAUAAGUACCAAAAAUCAAGGUGUUAUCCAACUUGAUGGAUUUUCUCAGGAUGACUAUAACUUGAUCAAGAAUGAUUUCCAUCGUCGUUUCAAUAUUCAAGUAGAGCAAAGAGAACAUUCCUUACGUGGUUGGAACUGGGGUAAGACAGAUCUCGCCAGGAACGAAAUGGUUUUUGCUUUAAAUGGUAAACCAACUUUUGAAAUUCCCUACGCUAGGAUAAAUAAUACAAAUCUAACCUCUAAAAAUGAAGUAGGGAUAGAAUUCAAUAUUCAAGAUGAAGAGUAUCAACCAGCCGGUGAUGAGUUGGUGGAAAUGAGGUUUUAUAUCCCUGGUGUUAUUCAAACAAACGUAGAUGAAAACAUGACUAAAAAGGAGGAGUCAAGCAAUGAGGUCAUGCCAAAGAAAGAGGAUGGCGUUGAAGGAGAAGAUGUAGAAAUUGCAGUAGAGGAAAAGAGUAUGGCGGAAGCGUUCUAUGAAGAAUUAAAGGAAAAGGCUGACAUCGGUGAAGUCGCUGGUGACGCAAUAGUUUCAUUCCAAGAUGUCUUUUUCACCACGCCAAGAGGCCGUUAUGACAUUGAUAUUUAUAAAAACUCUAUUAGACUCAGGGGUAAGACUUAUGAAUACAAAUUGCAACAUCGUCAAAUUCAAAGAAUUGUUUCGUUACCAAAGGCAGAUGAUAUCCAUCACUUAUUGGUUUUGGCAAUUGAACCUCCUUUACGUCAAGGACAGACCACCUACCCUUUCCUUGUCCUACAAUUUCAGAAGGAUGAGGAAACAGAGGUACAAUUGAAUUUGGAAGAUGAAGACUAUGAAGAAAAUUAUAAGGAUAAAUUGAAAAAACAGUAUGAUGCUAAAACACAUAUAGUUUUAAGUCAUGUAUUAAAAGGUUUGACUGACCGUAGAGUCAUUGUCCCCGGAGAAUACAAAUCCAAGUAUGAUCAGUGUGCAGUUUCAUGUUCUUUUAAGGCAAACGAGGGUUAUUUGUACCCAUUAGAUAACGCGUUCUUCUUUUUAACCAAACCAACUUUGUACAUACCAUUUAGUGAUGUUAGUAUGGUAAACAUUUCAAGAGCAGGACAAACUUCUACGUCAUCAAGGACGUUUGAUUUGGAAGUGGUACUGCGUUCAAAUAGGGGUUCAACAACUUUUGCCAACAUCAGUAAGGAAGAGCAACAAUUAUUGGAACAAUUUCUGAAGUCUAAAAACCUAAGGGUGAAGAAUGAAGACAGGGACGUACAAGAAAGGUUACAAACUGCUUUAGGUUCAGACAGUGACGAGGAAGAUAUUAAUAUGGGUUCCGCUGGUGAAGAUGACGAAUCAGUAGAUGAGGAUUUCCAAGUCAGCUCUGAUAAUGACGCAGAAGAAGUUGCAGAAGAGUUUGAUUCAGAUGCGGCCCUAAGUGAUGCUGAGGAGGGCAGCGACGAAGAAAGGCCUUCGAAAAAGCCCAAAGUAGAAUAG